AAGAAGCCCCAAACAAGCCUACCCCGAGUAGGGGAAAGGAGUUAAGAGACACUCAAUUCUUGACGGCUUUGUUUCUACCCAUUUCACAGAAGUGUAAGAGUGGAAGGGACCCUAGUAAAACGCGUGCAUCUUCUGACCUCAACUUCCCUGUCAUUGCCAUUGUAGGUUAGGGGACCCGGGAAAGUGUCUGUAGCCCCCUCCACUCGGUGAGCGUUGCCAUCCACGCUGCUGUCGGAGUUGUUGAAUGAAGGGCGCUAGGACCCGGUGACGCGACAUCGGUAGGGACGGGGCUCCUCGGGCUCUGUGGAGCGGCUGCACCCCGUCGCAUCGCUCCGGAGCAGGUGGGGCGCGGCGCGGAGGAGCGAAGGAGAGCUGAGGGGCAGCCAACGGGAGGGGGGGAGGGUGCGGCCGCCACACCUAGGGAGCCGCGGAGCAGCACCCGGGUUGGCGCGGGCGGAGCCGCCCCGAAGGCUGCGCGUGUUCCCGGCUUCGGCCCCGCCCCGCGCCGUCCAAUGAGAGCCUGUGGCUGGAGGGGCUGUCCGCGUGCUCGGCCCCGCAGCUCCACUCCGCGCCUCGGAACCCCUGACACCGCCCCCGGGGCUCCCGCAGCGCACCUCGGGACCCCAGCUAGCUAGCGUCGUCGGUUUCCGAACACUGCCAUUCUCGCCCUCCCCGGGACCCCGCGCGGUGCUCCGGUACUCCACGUGACCUUAGAUCGCAGCCGCUCGCGAGCCCAAUGGCCACCCAGAAGGGUGAGGUAGGAGCAGCCUGAGUAUCCCCAGACGGUGUCCCGUCCACACCCCUCUGGGCUGCGCGGCCGGCAGCCUUCGGGGAGCUAUGCUGAGGUCCGGUGGUGCGCAGGAAGCCGCGCAGCACGCCCCUCGGCGCGCCCGCGCCCUGAUCCCCGCACCCGCGCCCAGAUCUGCUGCCCCCGACGUCUCCCCGGCUCCGGCCCGCCUUGGUCUUGCCUGCUUUUUGCUGCUGCUGCUGCUGCUGACUCUGCCAGCCCGCGUGGAUUCGUCCUGGUGGUACAUUGGGGCACUAGGAGCCCGAGUGAUCUGUGACAACAUCCCUGGUUUGGUGAGCCGGCAACGGCAGCUGUGUCAGCGUUACCCAGACAUCAUGCGCUCUGUGGGUGAAGGUGCCCGAGAAUGGAUCCGAGAGUGUCAGCAUCAGUUCCGCCAUCACCGAUGGAACUGCACCACGCUGGACAGGGACCACACUGUCUUUGGUCGUGUCAUGCUCAGAAGUAGCCGAGAGGCAGCAUUUGUGUAUGCUAUCUCAUCAGCAGGAGUGGUUCACGCUAUCACUCGUGCUUGUAGCCAGGGAGAACUGAGUGUGUGCAGCUGUGACCCUUAUACUCGUGGUCGACAUCAUGACCAACGUGGGGAUUUUGACUGGGGUGGCUGCAGUGACAACAUCCACUAUGGUGUCCGCUUUGCCAAGGCCUUUGUGGAUGCCAAGGAGAAGAGGCUUAAAGAUGCCCGCGCCCUCAUGAACUUACAUAACAACCGUUGUGGUCGCACGGCUGUGCGGCGAUUUCUGAAACUGGAGUGUAAGUGCCAUGGUGUGAGUGGCUCCUGUACUCUGCGCACCUGUUGGCGUGCACUCUCAGAUUUCCGCCGUACAGGUGACUACCUGCGGCGGCGCUAUGAUGGGGCCGUGCAGGUGACAGCCACCCAGGAUGGUGCCAACUUCACAGCAGCUCGCCAAGGCUAUCGCCGUGCUACCCGGACUGAUCUUGUCUACUUUGACAACUCCCCAGACUACUGUGUCUUAGACAAGGCUGCAGGUUCCUUAGGCACCGCAGGUCGAGUCUGCAGCAAGACAUCUAAAGGAACAGAUGGUUGUGAAAUCAUGUGCUGUGGUCGAGGGUACGAUACAACUCGAGUCACCCGUGUUACCCAGUGUGAGUGCAAAUUCCACUGGUGCUGUGCUGUGCGGUGCAAGGAGUGCAGAAACAUUGUGGACAUCCAUACUUGCAAGGCCCCCAAGAAAGCAGAGUGGCUGGACCAGACCUGAACACUUAAGAACCUCACUCAUCCCUUCCACUUCAAGCCUGCCAACUCAAAAGCACAAGAUCCUUGCAUGCACACCUUUCUCCACCUGCAACCCUGGGCUGCUACAGCUUCUAUUUAAGGACAUGGAGAAUAAUCCAGAGGGACCAUAUGUCAUGGUUGGUUCCUUAGCCCUGGGAAAGAGUUGAUAGAGGAUAUAAAGAAACUGAGUGGGUUCCCUGAUUUUCCCUCUGGAGGUUUGAAGAGAGAGUAGAAGAGGUAGAAAGUCUUCAGAGUGACUUGAGUUGCACUAAAUUACCUGGUCAUGGCUUUCCCCCCUCCCCCCCAUUUCCUGAUACAUCUUGGGUGUAUAAGAGGAAGGUAGCUAAAAGUAGACAAGAGAAACAAAACUGCAUGUUCCUUCCCUGGAGACAGUUUGAACAGACUGCCUGAUUCCUUGAAAGAAAAUCUUAGGCUUCUUACAACACUCUACUGUUGAGAGCCCGAGAAUGCUAGAUAAGAUGGUGGAUAGGUUACAUUCACAUGCUCAUAUAUAGUUUAUGACCUUCUGUGUUUUAUAGGAGAAAAAAAAUCAUAACUAUACAAACACACAUUCUCUUACCAUUUCCACCUUUAUCAGAGAGAAAUCUGUUCACCUGUUGCCUGUUCAGACUGAGGUGGCAUACAGUGAUUGAUUCUCAACUCUAACAGAUUAUCAGAAAACUCUGGAGCAGCACAAGGAGAAAGAGAGAGUACUAUAGUAAAUCUGGCUAGGCUGUGGGAUUCAACCACAUCCCCAUGCAUUAUUCUGGAGGCUAGCUAGGUUUUGAAAACACUGAGUAAAAGAUAGGCAACUCAUGGAGGGUAGGAGAGGGUAAGAAAAGCUGAUCUCUAGGGCAACAUGAGGAUCAGUAUAUACUGAGAAGAUAGGAGACCUCGAGUUUCAGUAAUUCUUUAGAAGAUCCAGAUCACUGAAGCUAGGAGCUGUGGCUACAUACAGAAAGUGCUGGGGCUUGGGGCCAAUGUGGUAAGCAACUUAGAAGGCAGUAGCCUGCCUUCAUUUACUCAACCAAUCUUUAUUUAGUGACUCUCCAGGUCCUGGUGAUUAUUCUUGUUCAUACCACAUUUGGCUUCAAUUGGGCAGUUUCUUCUUUGCUACUAACCUCUGCCUAACUAGGUUUUCAAUAGUGGAAUCCCUAGAGAUAGCAGACUUAGUAAAGCUGGAGGAUUAGACAUGGAGUCUGAAACCCCGAUGUCCUAAUUUUAUGUUACUUGGACAAUGGUUAGCUCUUGCUUGCUGAUAAAACAGCAAAGUGGUAUGGAAAUUUGCAGUUAUGACAGUUCUGAGUUAAAAAUCACCAUUGUGUCACUGUUUUUUUUUUUAUUUUUCUGGAAGAUACUUAAAUUCUUCUAACUGCUUCUUUUUCCCAUCUGUACAAUAAGAGUAUAUACCUAUCUUAGAUAUUGAAUUUAAUUAUGCUUCCAAAAGGUAGCCAGUAGAUACUCUUCACCUGACUAUUCAAGCCCAUCAUAACUUCUUUAAGAACUUCUGGUUUAGGCCUGUCUGAUCUUGACAGCAGUCUACAGAUUAGGGAGUUUACACAGAGAAGUCUAGAAAUGGGCCCUCUUUCCUUUCUCAAGUUCCUCUCUAACAUCCCUUUGCUUUGGGUCUUCAUAUGUUUGUGGAACAACUUUGCUCUGCUCAGGCAGCAGGAGGUUGGGGGAGCCAUUGCUCUGGCCACAGAGGCAGAUUUAUUUGGAUGAUAGGACUAAUAUUUGUGUAACCUGCUGAGACCUGUGUGGGAGAGUUUGGGGUGGUUUUUCUUUUGGUGAGGGGAUUUGCUCCGGUUUCACAUUCAUUAACACAAAACAUGAGCUAGUCAGGGCUCUUGUGGUCUGCGGUAAGGGGAUGCCUGUGGAGAAAUGGGACUGAGUGAGUCAGGCCAAGGGAAUGUCUUUCUUGCAGAGUGGAGUCAACUGGGUAACUGAUGAGCCAAUAGUGGGAUUAGGGAGGAAGAUAUGGAAAGUGAAGAGAGGAGCAUCUUGGGCUGGGAUUAAGAGAUGGAAAGCUUUGGGAUAGUGGGGAAAUGUGGGGUAAUAAUCAGUAUGAAGGAAAUUUAUGAGUAUGAGUAAAUUUACACAUACUGCCUUGUAUGCCAAGCUACUGGAAAGAGCCUCAGGAACAUCCAAGUCACCACACUGAUGAGAGAUGGCAUAGGCCUCCUGUGGAAGUCAACCUGUGUUUAAGUCCUAUUCCCAGUAACCUGUUAUUUGAUUUGCCGUUCUUGCCCUGUGGAAAGAAGUAGGUGCACCUUUUCUGGUAUCUCAUAAUACUUGAUUUUCCCCUAGGCUUCAGCACUAGCUCACAAAGAGGCACUUUUGCCAUUUCUUAAA